GUGCAGUAUACGGUAUCUGCCAGUUUGAUUAAUUUAUAUGUAACUUUUGGUACUGUAGAACCCUGCUUACCGGGCUCAUGGUCUUUCUUUCCGUUUUCCAUCCACAGAAAUUGUCGGGAACCACUAGCUACCUUUGGUGAAUCACUGUCCCCCUGGUGCUACCAGUGUGCAUACUACACUUGCAAACUCCGUGAACGAUCCCACUGUGGCUCGCCCAGUUCUCCGGGGCGUGACAUUCUUGAUGUAGUUAUCACUUUCUUCUCGUCUACGUAUUAUUAUGGAAACGUAUACGCAUCUUUUGAAGUUUCUAAUUGUCGGUGAUGCUGCUACCGGGAAAACCUGUCUCCUUCGAUGGUUUUUGGCUGGAAAUUUCAAAGAAGAAUCGUUACACACUAUAGGUGUUGAAUUUGGGACCAAAGUAGUUCAGGUAGACGGGAAACCAGUUAAACUACAAAUCUGGGACACCGCCGGUAUUAUGCUUUCCUCGAUUAUUUUGUUUGCCAUAGGUCAGGAGAGGUUUCAAUGUGUAACCCGUUCUUAUUACCGUGGAGCCGCUGGUGCUCUGGUAGUGUACGAUGUCAACGAUCGAGGAUCUUUUAAUUCAGUCAGAAAGUGGAUAUCAUCCGUCCGUGAUUUGGCACUCCCUAAUAUCUGUAUAAUAUUGGUGGGCAACAAGGUAGACCUAGCCGAGGAGUCGCGUCAAGUCACUGAACUAGAAGCAAGAGAAUGUGCCGAGGAGAAUGGUGCCUGUGCAUUUUUUGAAACCUCUGCGAAAACCGGGAGGAAUGUGUCGGAGGCCUUCAUCUCUGCUGCACGGGGAAUAUUGAACCGAAACGUUAUUCCGAAACCAGGUGAUCUCCACCCUGUUGGUCUUGGUCCAGCUCAAAUUUCUGCACCCAUUUCUCGGAUUUCAUUGGGGCGUUGUUGCUGACUUGCCUAUACACCGUACA